AUGCAGUCGAGUCAUCGACGGCAUUAGUGACGUCUUAUUGUCGCGACGAGCUGUGAGAAAUCGCUUUGUUUUCAGGCUUUAAGCCUCGUCUGACUCAUUUGUCUGACAUUGAUUAAAUAAAAACACUCCUAAGUGAUUCGUUACUGAACGUCAAGAACAGCGAUGAGUAAACGGAAAGCGCCGCAAGAAACUUUAAAUGAGGGAAUCACGGACUUUCUUGUUGAACUGGCCAAUUAUGAAAAAAAUGUAAACAGGGCCAUCCAUAAGUACAAUGCAUACAGAAAAGCUGCUUCUGUGAUUGCUAAGUACCCACAUAAAAUCAAAAGUGGCACUGAAGCCAAGAAACUGGAUGGAGUUGGUGCAAAGAUUGCUGAGAAAAUUGAUGAGUAUUUAACCACAGGGAAACUCCGCAAACUGGAAAAGAUUCGCAAUGAUGACACCAGCUCCUCUAUCAACUUUUUAACUAGAGUGACUGGAAUAGGCCCGGCUGCUGCAAGGAAGUUCUAUGAUGAAGGUGUCAGGACCCUAGAUGAUCUGAAGAAGAUUGAACAUAAGCUGAAUCAUCAUCAACAGAUUGGCCUAAAAUAUUUUGAAGAAUUUGAGAAGAGAAUUCCCCGCUCAGAGAUGGAGAAAAUGGAGGCUUUGAUAUUACAUGAGUUGGAGCAGCUUGACCCACAGUACAUUGGCACCAUCUGUGGCAGCUACAGGCGAGGAGCAGAGUCGAGUGGAGAUAUUGAUAUACUGCUGACUCACCCAGACUUUACCUCCCAAUCCCAAAAACAACCCAGGCUGCUCCGUGCAGUGGUGGAGCACCUUGAGUCUAUUGGCUUUGUCACUGAUACAUUGUCCAAAGGAGAAACAAAGUUCAUGGGUGUAUGCCAGCUGCAAAGAGGAGUUGAGGAAGAGAAGGAUCAUGAUCAUCGCCGUAUUGAUAUCAGGCUCAUUCCUAAGGAUCAAUAUUACUGUGGUGUGCUCUACUUCACUGGGAGUGAUAUAUUCAAUAAGAAUAUGAGAACCCAUGCUCUUGAAAAAGGCUUCACCCUUAAUGAGUACACUAUUCGUCCACUAGGAGUCACUGGUGUGCCUGGAGAGCCCUUGUUGGUGGACAGUGAGAAGGACAUAUUUGACUACAUCCACAUGAAAUACAGAGAGCCAAAAGAACGCAGCGAAUAAAAUAAAAAAAAAAAAGAAAGGUUUUGUUAGCAAACUUGUUGAUGCCUCAGUAAAAUUGCCUUCAAGUGACAUAGUACAAGAAAGUGUCGUGUGUGUGUAAAGUAGCAAGAAUAUUAUGUAGUGGGUAGGAUAGGUUUUUGUGUUUUUAAUGUGUUUUUAGUGUGUGUGUGUGUUUUCUUUUUUUUUUCUUUUUUUUUUUUUUUUUUAUAAAGUUUAACCAUAUCAGCAAUAAGUUGGUAUAAUUUAAAUUCUUUUAUUUUUUUUUUGUCAUUUGUUCAAUAUUUUGUUUAGGAAAGUGCUUUUUGAAACUAUUGUUAUUUUAACAAUUGCCAUUCUUUAUUAAGGUGCUUUAAUGAGGAGGACAAGUACAUUUCCAACAAACUGUUACUGAUAGACACAUCAACUUAUGUGUCAAAGUCUACUCAUGUAUUAUUGCAGCUGGUUUUAGUAUUCAUUAAUGUUUAUCUUGACUAUUUAGUGUUCAUGUGAUUGGAUUGUUGGUUUUUGCAACAUUUGAUUUGAUUAUUAAACACCACAACCAUAAUGGAUGCUUUGCUUAAAGCUUGUUGAAAACAGUGCUGUGGAAAUAGUUUCAGUUAGUAUUUUACACCUGACACUUAUUGAAGUACAGUGCUUGUGCUGCUAUUCUACAAUGGAUAUAAAAAGUAUACACAGCCCUUUUAAAAUUGAAGGUUUUUGUUAUGUAAAAAAUUAAACCAGGAUAAGUCAUCCACCUUUAAUGUGAUCUAGCAACCAACAAAAUAAAUUUUUUUAAUUUAACAAAAAUAAAUUGAAACAUUUUAGUGGGAAAAAAAAGAAAAAACAACUUUAAAAUUUUGUUAAAUCGCUUUUUGUUUGUAAUACAACAUUGAGUGUUUUGGGUAAGAGUCUACCAACCACAUCUAGAUUUGGCCUUUUUUUUCCCCACUCGUCCUUGCAAAAAUGCUCUAGAUCUAUCAAAGUGAGAGGAGAUCUCCUCUGGACAGCUGUCUUCAAGUCAUUCCACAGGUUUUUGAUAGGAUUUAGAUCUGUGCCAUUUCAAAAUGUUGAUCUUCUGAAGCCAUACCUUUGUUGACUUGGAUUUAUCCUUUGGGUGGUUAUUGUGCUGGAAGGUGAUAUAUUGCUUCAUCUUCAGCUGUCUAACAGAGAUGUGCAGGUUUUGUGCAUAAAUAGAUUGAUAGAUGGAAUCAUGGAUAGCUCCAAAUAUCUUGACUAGGGCCGCAGCCCCAUAGCGUGAUGCUGCCACCACCAUGCUUCCAUAAAUAUCCAAGAUGUGAAGAAUAUGAGAGAUUGUCACAUGCAAGGAGUGACCAAUCCUGGCCAGAUAUUCCAUUAAUGUUGCCGUAGGUCUCGUGGCAGCCUCCCUGAUAAGUUUUCCUCAUGUUCCAUGGUAUAUCUAAUGUUUUGGAAAUUCUUUGGUACUUUUGUCUGAGCAAUACUUUUUGAACUGAGAUCCUGUACAUGCUUUGUUUCUUUGAUGUCCAGAAAAUCCUACAGUAGCAGCUGAUCUUUAUUUGGGGUUAAUCAGGAUCAUUACAUUGAUGACAAGUGUAUGAUAAUUACUUUGAACAUGAGUUUAAAUGUGAUUGGUUAGUUCUGUGCACCGUCAUGCACACUUAGCAACCAGGUUAUUGUAAGUUUUUUAUUUUUCAUUUUUUGCCUAAAAUAAUUCUGUUUGUUUUUCACUUGAAUUUUGUUGGUUGCUAUAUUACAUUAAAGGUGGGAAAAGAUCUGACACGCUUUAUCUUGGUUACAGUUUUAGGUCACAAAAACCUGCAAUUUUAACAGGAGUAGACUUUUUAUGUCCACUGUAUCUUUGCGUGCUCCAUAGUGUACAUAGGACCAAGUCUGUGUAACUUGUUUGAAACGUAUGAAAAGUUUUGAAAAGUUUUAUCCUUUUUGCAGUCUUCAAAUGUAAAACCCAGGGCUCAAACCAAAGCUGUGUCCAAAAUCGCAUACUGUGACAGUACCUUUUGCAUUUGAUUCAGUACCUACUGCUUGGCUGUUGAUACAGUAUGUACUGACCAGUAUAUGUGUUGAGUAUGAAUACAAUCCGGACAUACUACUUGUGCCAUGUUGGCAUUGUCAUGUGACAUAUGGCAUCAUAGUAACUGUAAAAACUCAAAGAGCCCACCAGAUUAGAGCAACUGUUUUUUCUUGUUCAACAAAUUAACAGUUUACUCAGGUGUUGUUAAACAAAUAUGGUUUAUCCACAAGGAACAAAGAACAAUAUUUUAUACCUAUAGCACUUGCACUUAAAAAGAGCCGACGCGCUGCCUUCCGCCAUAGCACAGUGUCCAUUGUUUCCAUACUGCAGAAUCUCGGUCAUCAGUUUAGUUUUGUUCAAGUCACUGGCAUCUUCAUCAACUGUUGUUUUACUAAAUAACACUACAGAUUUGACACUGUACCUCCCCUGAAUGUGGAAUGAAAUUUUGUCAUUGUUCUGAAA